AUGCAUUCGUCCAAUCCCGAAUCGGAUGACAUAGAGUAUUCAAAACAGCUUUAUGAAAACAAGGAAAGCAUCUUCUCACCAUCAAUCCAGCAUUUAAGAAAACGGUACUGGUUAAGUUUUUUAUUAAAUGUGGGGUAUUUGGCUGUAUUUAUUACUGGAAUAUUCUCGUUGUAUUGGGGUGUUCUUUACGAUAGGCCUUCUUAUCUGGUAAAUAUCAAAAGCAUAGUGUUGAUAGAAGACAAUGGAAAUAUGGCAGAUGAAGUGAAAGAGUUAGUGGGCGUAGUGAAGGGUACAUGGUUAGUAUACAAGGACACUGAAUUUAGAACUUAUUAUAAUGUACCAGAUGGAAUCUCUUCUGGAGAUUACCUGCAUAGAAUAGUUCAUAAGAAUCAUGUAUACAUGUCACUUCAUGUGAAAGCGAAUGCCACAGAGACAUUAAAGCAUUCGCUUGUGGAUCCCUCUGCAAAGGCAUUUAAUUCCUCGGAGUUUUUUGAAAUAUUCUAUGAAUCCGGUAAAGAUCCCACUAAUUUCAAAGCAUCUAUUUUUCCAUUGAUUAUUGAUUUGGAGGAUAAGUAUCGGGAUUAUUAUUUGACAGAGUACCUUCCACAGUUGUUGAAGGAAAAACGCAGCGAAUUAGCUCCAAAUGAAAAUCUGCGAAAUAUUGCACUAGCAGGAGCUAUGAAAUGGGGAGAGGUAGAUAAUAGGCCAUUUAAGGACUAUAUAUUGCUCGGACCUAUGCAAGUUGGUCUUAUAUUUUCUCUUCUGUUGACUUUUUUUCAGCUUGCGAUGAUGAAUCCCACACACAAUUCGGUUUUAGGGUAUCUGAAACCGGGACAUUUCCUGAUGUAUCGAUAUUUUAACUCGUGGUUAAUUUAUUUCUUCUUAUCACUGUUUUUCUGUACUGUUUCUUUGAUAUUUCAAGUUGACUUUACAGUAGCGUAUGGUAGAAGUGGAUUUAUCGUUUGCUGGAUGAGCACAUGGCUCUUUAUGGGCGCAGUAGGAGGCGCGAACGAGAAUGUAGCAUCACUACUAUUGGCAUAUUGCCCAAAGUAUAUUGGUUCGUGGCUAACUUUUUGGAUUAUUACGAACAUUGCUCCAACAUUUUUCAAUAUCGACCUUUCGCAUAAGCUUUACCGAUAUGGACAAAUAAUGCCCGCCUAUAAUUAUAAAGCAUGUCUGAGUGUAAUAUUUCUUAACCUUGAUAAGGGGAGAUUGGGAAUAUCAUACGGUAUUAUGGUAGGUUGGUGUGUUCUAAACAGCAUAUUAUUCCCAAUAGUAGUACAUCUUCUUCAACAUAAAGCUCGUCACCAAAAUAAUGCCAGUUAA